AGAGAGAGAGAGAUGAAUUUUGAGCUUCCCCCCGGUUUUAGGUUCCAUCCAACGGAUGAGGAGCUCAUCAUCUACUACCUUCAUAACCAUGCGAUGUCGAGGCCGUGCCCGGCCUCGAUCAUUCCAGAGGUUAACAUAUGCAAGUUCGACCCGUGGGAAUUACCAGGGAAGUCAUACUUACGCGAGGGGGAAUGGUAUUUCUUCAGUCCGCGUGACCGUAAAUACCCGAAUGGCGGACGGCCUAACCGCGCCACCGCAUCGGGGUUUUGGAAGGCCACAGGCACGGAUAAGGCCAUCCAUAGCAACUCCAAGCACGUAGGGGUGAAGAAGGCCCUCGUGUUCUAUCGAGGCAGGCCACCUAAAGGGUCCAAGACUGAGUGGAUCAUGCAUGAGUACCGGCUGGGCCAACCAAGUAAUGGAGUUUUCAAGCCUACGAGAGUUGAUGAAUGGGUGCUAUGUAGGAUCCAUCAAAAGAAGCAGUCAAUGAGGAUUAGAGAUGAUGGGCAGGAAGAUUGUUUUGUCGAGGAGACACCGCAUAUGAAAAUAAUAAGUAAUUUGGAGGAGAACAUGCCAAAAUUUCCGAGAUCAUUCUCUCUGGCUCGUCUCAUAGAGCCAGAUUGCAGCCUAGAUGCUCAACUGUUUGAUGAGUUGCCAAAUGGCCCGAUCAACGGGCUUUUCGACACCCGUUGGUAUGAUUGGACUGCUGACACGGUUAAAUUUCAAUCGGCCGAUGCGGCGAAACCUGUAGGAAGUCAAGAGUCUUCUGCUCAAGAACACAGUCUCUGUCGGUCCAAUCUUCCAGCAUUAAGAUAUUAAUGGAAGCAAAACAGAGGAGGGGAGUCAAGCCAGCUUGAGCUUGACCAUGAGCUUCUUCCACUGGUCAAAAGCUUGUACAACUUGUCCUCUGCGGGGGGAAAAAGAAAAGCUUGUACAAUUUGUCCACUAUGAGAAGCUUGCAUGUGCUCUAAUUGAGGUGAAGUUAACACACCCUGCUAUAGGAGGGAUGGUAUCAAGAAUAGAUUAUAUUCUAUCCACAGUUUGUGUGAACAUGCGUGUAAAUUUAUUGGGGCAAAAAGGAAUCAGCCAAGACUUGUACUCGGGUUAAUUGUUUGAAGAUAUGAAUACCUUUAAAUAUCUAUGUGAAUGUAUUGGAAUCUAUGAGCAUGCUUUUUCUUGUUUUUUUU